AUGAUGCCAACCAGAAAAGCCGCAGAGUCUCUAAGUAGUCUAGACCGUGCGCCUUGGUGCAAGAAAUCCCCAUUCCACGAAAUGCUUCCUGCAAGGGGAGAAGACAGAUGCCCUGAUGGAACCGGCAGGAACGAAAGAAAAAAGAAAAAAGUCAAAUACAGUAAGGAAGCAGCAAGGGACAUUGCUCGUCUCCAUCUCGGUCUGAGUGGUGGGAAAGGUCGCGCUGCAUUGUGCUUUUUGCUUCGCGAGUGUUGCAUGAAAAAGAGAUCUGCGGCUGGAGACCUCGACCUCGACCUCGGAAUAUCGGGGCUUGCUUGUUUGUUUCUCCUCGGAUUGCAUUUACAAGGGUGUGAGUGUGUAUGUGUCUUGCGGAUGGGAGGAGGGAGCUUCAUGAAUCUGAGUCUUCGUAUUGGUAUUAGUCUUUGA